AUGGAGAUAUCAUCGGUUCUCAGCACGACUGCGUUUCACCACCAAAUUUUCACCCAUCCAUUACCGUCUUCAUUUCCCAUAGUUCCUUCCUUUUCCCCUUCAACCCCAAGAGCCAGCUUCACUAAUCUCACCUCCACAACAACAUCAACUCCCCUCAAAGAACCCAACCCCACUCGCCCUCACUCCAAGUCUUACUUGCAAAGACAAUCCGCUCUUCUUCAAGUCCAAGAGUCCCCCGAUUUGAGCUCUUCGCUUCAAGAGUUCGGUGGGAUUUUAAAGCCGCAGGAUUUGAAUGUGAUUUUACGACAGUUCGGGAAGGCAGGCAAAUGGCAUCUUCUUUCUCAGCUGUUUGAUUGGAUGCAACACCAUGGGAAGACCAACGGUUCAUCUUAUAGUACUUAUAUGAAAGUUAUGGGGAAAAAGCUCAAUCCCGUUAAGGCCUUGGAGAUUUACAAUAGCAUUCCUGAUAAACCAACCAAAGUUAAUGUUUUUAUAUGUAAUUCUCUUCUUAGUUGUCUGGUUAGGAAUGGGAAAUUUGAAAGUGGUGUUAAAUUGUUUGAUAAGAUGAAGCAGGAGGGUUUAGCCCCGAAUUCGGUUACUUAUAAUACGUUGCUGGCAGGUUGUAUAAGAAUGAAAAAUGGGCAUUCUAAGGCUUUAGAGUUGAUUAAGGAGUUGAAAUAUAAUGAUUUGCAAAUGGAUAGUGUGAUGUACGGAACUCUUUUGGCUGUUUGUGCUUCAAAUGGUCUUUGUGACGAAGCUCAGAAUUACUUUAGCCAGAUGAGGGAGGAAGGUCAUUCACCUAAUGUAUAUCAUUACAGCUCUUUACUUAAUGCUUAUUCUUAUGGCGGGGAUUAUCGUAAAUCUGAUGAGUUGAUGGAGGAAAUGAAAUCUUCAGGAUUAGCACCAAAUAAGGUUAUACUAACAACUUUGUUAAAAGUAUAUGUUAGAGGAGGCUUGUUUGAAAAGGCAAGAAAAUUGUUAUCUGAAUUGGAAGCUUUGGGUUAUGCUGAAGAUGAGAUGCCUUACUGUUUGUUGAUGGAUGGUCUUUCAAAAGCUGGGCGUCUAGAUGAAGCAAGAGCUGUUUUUGCCGAAAUGCAGGAAAAAUGUGUCAAAUCCGAUGGAUACUCCCAUAGUAUCAUGAUUUCAGCUCUGUGUCGAGGUGGGCUUUUUGAAGAGGCAAAGGAGUUGGCCCAAGAUUUCGAGGCCAAAUAUAACAAGUAUGACCUGGUCAUGCUAAAUACAAUGCUUUGUGCCUACUGCAGAGCCGGUGAUAUGGAGAGUGUAAUGCAAACAAUGAAAAAAAUGGAUGAACUUGCAAUCAGUCCAGAUUAUAGCACCUUUCAUAUCCUAAUAAAGUAUUUCUGCAAGGAGAAACUAUAUCUUCUUGCUUAUAGGACCAUGGUGGACAUGCAUGGUAAAGGCUAUCAUCCAGAAGAGGAACUUUGCUCCUCCUUAAUCUUUCAACUUGGUAAAAUGAAGGCCCAUUCUGAAGCAUUUUCUGUUUACAACAUGUUGAGAUAUAGCAAAAGAACAAUGUGCAAAGCUCUUCAUGAGAAAAUUCUGCGUGUCCUAAUAGCUGGAAAGUUGUUCAAAGAUGCAUAUGUAGUUGUCAAGGAUAACGCGCAACACAUCUCUCGCCCUUCGAUAAAAAAGUUUGCAACUGCAUUCAUGAAGCUGGGUAGUAUCAACUUGAUAAACGAUGUCCUGAAGGUCAUUCAUGCUUCUGGGUACAAGAUUGAUCAGGGACUCUUUGAGAUUGCGAUAUCGCGUUACAUUGCUCAGCCUGAAAAGAAGGAAUUGCUCCUGCAGUUACUGCAGUGGAUGCCAGGUCAAGGAUAUGUUGUCGAUUCUACAACGAGAAACCUGAUUCUUAAGAAUUCUGAGUUAUUUGGUCGCCAGCUCACUGCAGAAAUAUUGUCCAAGCAGCAUAUAAUGUCAAAAGGGGUCAAAGCCUAGACGUUAGACCAUGGACAGGUCAGCAUUCAACAAAACAGUGUAAACUGAAUUCAACAGUUCAGAUCAAAUAAUCUAGUUGCAGAGAGGAUCUUUCGCUGAUGUUAGAAAGACUGUUUCAACCUCUGGUUGUCUGGUUGAGUUGCACUCGACCACAGCUGACCUUUCCCAUCAUUUCACCGCG